AAUGCAUGGCAUCACACUUGUUCUGUCUUGUCUUCAUGUACUGCAUGCUUUGCCACAAUCGAAAAACCCUGCAAUGAACCUUCCCUUAUCCAAUCCACACCUGUUUUAAUCUCAUUUCCAUUUAUAUUAUGACGAUCUUUACAAUGUUAUCGAUAUUAUUACACAGCUAAGCUAUCAGCUUUUCUUGGUUUUUCCGGUCUUAGUGAUUUGUGCUUAAACAACAUUGGUUAAUGGUCCGUUUAAGUUUAACCUCCUUGUUGAUUAUUUAACUUGGCAACCACUUGUUUAGCCUUUUCCUUUCUUAUCGAAAUUUCGCGAUCCGGAGAUUUUACUGUCGUCUUUGUUUAGUUACAUAAGUUGAGGAAGUCUAGUUGAGUUGUGGUUCGUUUCCUGGUUUUUUAAUUUUGUGGAUCAUGGAAGGAAGCAAGCCUCUAUCACCACCUAACAAGCAGCAGAUAGCUUUACAAAGGGUCGACUCUGAACGCCCAUAUCGCCUUCUUUACUGCUCAGGCAAGGGUGACAAAGCAGGAGUCAUACAGGAGUUAGAUAAUGGUGUCGAACCUAAUCUAGCGGACUAUGAUAGAAGAACAGCACUUCAUUUAGCUGCAUGUGAAGGUUGCACUGAGAUUGUUGUUCUACUGCUUGAAAAAGGUGCUGAUGUUAACUCAACUGAUCGUUGGGGUCGAACUCCACUUUCAGAUGCCCGUAGUGUUAAUCAUGUGGAAAUCUGCAAAAUCUUAGAAGAACAUGGUGGAAUUGAUCCGGUAGGACUAGACUCUACUAUUCCAUGUUAUGAGAUUGAUAAAUCAGAAGUAGACAUGAACGAAGCAGUUCUUAUUGGAGAGGGUGCUUAUGGUGAAGUUUAUGUAGUCAAGUGGCGUGGUACAGAAGUUGCUGCAAAAACCAUUAGAUCCUCAAUUGCAUCCAAUCAAAUGGUGAGGAAGACCUUUCUAAAAGAACUGGCAUUGUGGCAAAAGUUGCGUCAUCCUAAUAUAGUACAGUUCCUAGGCGUUUUAAAGGACUCGGAGCGCUUAAUCUUCCUCACGGAGUAUCUCAGGAAUGGUAGUUUGUAUGACAUUCUAAGAAAGAAAGGAAGGCUCGAUCAGCCAACAGCUGUUGCCUAUGCUUUAGACAUUGCAAGGGGCAUGAAUUAUCUUCAUCAACACAAACCGCAUGCCAUAAUACACCGGGAUCUAACUCCAAGGAAUGUUUUGCAAGAUGAAGCAGGACACCUUAAAGUCACAGAUUUCGGUUUAAGCAAAAAUGCACAUGAAAAGGAUGCUCAUGGUUAUAAAAUGACUGGAGGAACUGGAACAUAUCGUUAUAUGGCCCCAGAGGUUUAUCGUAGAGAGUCCUAUGGAAAGAGUGUUGAUGUAUUUUCAUUUGCUCUUCUAGUACAUGAGAUGUUUCAGGGGGGACCUGCGAACAGGGAACAAGCUGCUGAGCACGUUGCAGACAAAAGAGCUUAUGAAGAUUCACGGCCAUAUCUGUCCUCAUAUGUAUACCCUGAGGAUAUCAAAAGGCUUCUUCAAGAGUGCUGGCACAAGAAUCCAGAUUGCCGUCCUACGUUUGAAGAAAUAAUAUUGAAGCUAGAGAUGAUCCUGGAGGAUCUGAAAGGUAGCAAGGGAGUAGAAAGCUGCUGUAAUUGUACCAUCUUAUAAAGUGAGUUCACAAUAAAAUGCAUACUUGAUGUGCAAUUUACAUAUAGAGACCUGGGCAAAUUGUUUGCCUUGUUGUGUUACCUGUUGUAUGAACAUUUCGUGCUCUUGGUUCAAAAGAAGAGAAGACAUUUUCAAGAAGUUUUAAACCAUAGAUGCAUAUGUCAGUGUUAUUGUCA